UCUUCAUCCUCAUCGGCUAAAUUACCAAAAUAAUUUUUGUAGCAGGCUAUAAACAUGUUUGUUGCUCCUGUACAGUUGGGCAUUUUAACAUGGUAUCCUGUGAGGACUGACUUACUUUUGAGCCAACCUCAAGUGGGCUUUCAAGAAGUUGCACUUUUUAGCCUUUGUUGGCUGCUUGGCAAGAAAUAGUUUAUACAAGUUUAUACUUCACUUAUAGAUCGUUCAACAAACAAGCUGCUGGACAUAGCUUUCUAGUCAUUUUCCUGGCCUGCAGAUGUCCACGAGGCACAAAACAAACUCAAGGUAUCAAUCAUUAAAAACACGAUAAAAAACAAUAUCAAGUAGACUUAUAGUCUUCCUUCUGUAUACUAUGGAUGAGGUGGGUUAUGCCCCUGGACACACUCCCUGCAAAUUAAGAUAAGCUUAAUGACACUGUUCAUCACAGUAUCAAUAACUAUCCUGUAUAUGGGCUCAAUGGAAGCUUGGCUCCCUCUGUCUCAGCUGUUGAAGGCUCUGUGUGGGCAAGAACGUCUGCUUGUCUCUGAAAAUAGCACAGGGGGCAACAUGAGAGUGUGGCCCUAGAAAAACACGUUAUGGAUGUGUUGGCCUGCAGAGAUUGCAACAUCGACCGUCCUGUUGGUGCCUCUCAGAUGUGAUCUCACCCGGUGCCAGACUGGUGUUUCAGACCUGAGUGGUGGCCUGAGUCAGACUGCAUGUUCAGAGGAACAGACAGACUUGAAAACAAGCACUGCUGGAAUAAUGGGGGAUCUGAGACAGACAAUUGGGGUCAUGUCACAGACGAUAUGUCCGAGCUCACGAGUUCCAUCUGAGGAGGACCUAAAGGCCCCAAAUGGUGUUAAAGAAGAGAAAGUGCAGAUGAAGAGGGAGAUUUCUCUCCUGAAUGGGAUCUGCCUCAUUGUGGGCAACAUGAUCGGCUCUGGGAUUUUUGUUUCACCAAAGGGCGUACUCAUGUACAGCGCUUCUUAUGGACUGUCGCUGCUCAUCUGGGCUCUUGGCGGGAUCUUCUCAGUGUUUGGGGCUUUGUGCUACGCAGAGCUCGGCACCACCAUCACCAAAUCUGGAGCCAGCUACGCCUACAUCCUGGAGUCUUUUGGUGGCUUCUUGGCUUUCAUUCGUCUGUGGACGUCCAUCCUCCUGAUCGAGCCAGCCAGCCAGGCUGUGAUUUCGCUGACAUUCGCCAACUACCUGGUGGAGGCUUUCUACCCCACCUGCCAGCCGCCGUAUGCUGCUGUCCGCCUCCUUGCUGCAGCCUGUCUCUGUAUCCUCAUUUUCAUUAACUGUGCUUAUGUGAAGUGGGGGACUCUAGUGCAGGACAUCUUCACUUAUGCCAAACUGAUGUCACUUUUCCUCAUCAUUAUUAUAGGAAUCCUAAAAAUAUCCAGCGGAGAAACAAAGAGCUUUGAGAACCCGAUGGAGGGCUCCUCGGCAGACCCCGGCGCCAUUGCUUUGGCCCUCUACUCAGCUCUCUUCUCCUACUCUGGCUGGGACACGCUCAACUAUGUAACUGAGGAGAUUUGUAACCCAGAGAGAAAUCUGCCGCUGGCCAUCGCCAUUUCCAUGCCCAUAGUGACCAUCAUCUACCUACUGACCAACGUGGCGUACUAUGUGGUUCUAGACAUGCCCUCUCUGCUGGCCAGUGACGCUGUCGCUGUGACAUUUGGAAACGCGGUCCUGGGGCCGUUCAGCUGGAUCAUCCCUGUUUCUGUGGCCAUGUCCUGCUACGGAGGACUCAAUGCUUCCGUCAUUGCUGCUUCACGGCUGUUUUUUGUUGGAGCCAGAGAGGGCCACCUCCCCAACAGUCUGAGUCUGAUCCACCUGAAGCGCUACACGCCCAUACCUGCUCUGCUGUUCAACGGCUUAAUGGGCCUGAUUUUCCUGUGUGUGAGGGACGUGUUUCAGCUCAUCAACUACUUCAGCUUCAGUUACUGGCUCUUCGUGGGUCUUUCUGUGGCUGGCCUCAUCUACCUACGCAUCACCCAGCCGGACAGACACAGACCUGUUAAGCUCACCUUGUUCUUCCCCUUCAUCUACUGUUUUUGUAGCCUGUUCUUGGUCAUCGUGCCUCUGUACGGCGACACCAUCAACUCCCUCAUAGGAAUUGGUAUUGCACUAUCUGGUGUGCCAGUUUAUUACGUGGCCAUUUACCUGCCUGAGGAGAGGAGGCCUAAAUUCAUCCGCAAGCUAAACACCUUCGCCACCAGAUACACCCAGAUGUUGCUGUAUUGCUGCCUGACUGAGUCUGACGCAGAGGAAGAAGUUCAUGGAGGCAUUAAAACACAAUGAAGCCGCAAACAGACUCGUAAAGCCUUGUUCAUGGAAAACAAGGCUUUGCAUGUACUGAGCAAUGAGGAGCAGGCUCUCAGCGUUUGCGAGGAUUACUCCGAUAUCUCGAAUGAAAGACAAAUAAUUUGAGAAACUGGUGACUUUUGAUUUCUUCAGUAAAUGUGCUACACUUUUCUACUGAGAGCAAAGAAUAUCUUCUAUGAGGAUAUACGUUUAAAAAUGUAGCCGAAACUAGAAUUUUAUUUUUGAGAGUUUUGUGAAGAUGUAAGCUGAUCACCUUUUGUCUGAUUAACACGUUACAUACUACGGUCGUGGUCAUGUGAUCACAGUCUUCAGUUUUCAGAAGCAUAUUUAUCUCUGGAUUUUUUUUACAGUUUGAUUAUAUUCAUAUGUGGAUGACUGUGCAAGUGUAAAACACUGUUAAAAAUGUCGGUUUCAGCUAAUGCAACUGAUUCCUGAGCCGCUUCACUGCAAAGCUGUUUCACUUCAGGUAUUUUCAAGAUGUUUGCAUCAUCUUUUUUUUGAGAGAGAGCGAGCCAAGCUUUUUUUUCCACCAAGCAAACAUUCACUGCAGGUUGGUGGGAAAGUCCCUCACACAUUCGCUCACUGUCCGUUGGCAAUUUGCAGCUUUGUGUGUCUUCUGUCAGCAGCUCUGAAACCUGCACGAGUGCACAAAACAAUCAACGUUUAGAUUUUAUUUAAAUGGCAAACCUUCUAAUAAUUUUACUAUUUAAAAAACUCAUCUGAACCAAAGAGCUUCAGCUCCGUAUUUUUAUUCUUGCACUUUUAUUCUUGCUGAAAUAUCUCAAACAAAUUAGUUUCUCUCCCUUUUAGGACAAUCUGUGUUUAAGAUAGCUUUGUUGUGAUUGGCUGCCCCUCACAAACAGAAGGUUCGAGUCCUUACAGUCAGAGCUGUAUGCCUGGGGUGGCCAAAUUAUUGUAUCAAUUCACUCUGACAGGAAACAGAGCCAAGGGUAGAAAAAUGAGCAGUCUGAAGCAGUCCCCUAUAGGCCUGUGGCAUUUACAGCCUCUUCACUUAUGUAACAUCCCCAGCAGGCAUUGAAUUAAACUCUUUUUGCAUUUA